UGCUUAAAGCAGAAUUUCGCCCCGUAAACAUAAGCACAGGAGGCGGCUGGUUUCAGGAACCUAUUACCUCCACCACCAAUAAAGGAUUACCUUUCCCAGUGGAAGAUAAUAUUACAAUGGCUGAUCCCAAUUCAAGUAAUAUUGAGCAAGAAGAGGAGACAAACGUAGGCGAAGAUGAGAAUGCAGACCAAAGUGAGAGUAUCAUUCUGCAAGAUGAUGGUGAAGGCAGUCAGGAAGGGGAUGAAGAAGGUGAAGAGGAUGGAUCUGAAUUAUCUCAGGAUGAAGAUGUUGAGUUGCCUGAUGAUGCAUUAACUGAUGAGGCUGAUCAGUUAGCAAAAGCUGCAAGUGAUGUGAUGAGUGAAACUGAAAGUGCUUUGACACAAGGGUCUGUGAUUGAGAAGAUGGCUCCAGAGAAAGGCUCUAGAAGAGAUAUCGCAUUAUCAGAGGAAGAAGUAGUAGGAAGGUUUUUAAGUGAAGAAGAUCAAAAUCUUUUACAAACUCCUGUGAGCGUUGAAGAAACUGAGGUCAGUACACCUCAGGAAGAAGUUCUAGCAACAGAAGAAGAGUCAUUGAAGGAGGAAGAGGAAGAAGCAGUUGAUAAAGCAAGCACACCUGAUGUUGAAGAAGCAGCUGAAAAAGCAGAGGUACCUUUGGAUGUCCAGCCCGCUGUCACAGAAGCAGGUGAUGUAGCCGUUGUUGAAGCAGGUGAUGAAGCAGGUGAUGUAGCCGUUGUUGAAGCAGGUGAUGAAGCUAUUUAUGUAGAUACUAGCUCAGAAUCAGAGGAAUCAGACGACUCAGAGGGACUUGUAGAUCUAGCGUCAAGUGUUACAGUAAAAGCCUCACUUCUGCCUCACAAGGAAAUGGUCGCUAUGUCCUGUACACUCGGCGAGACUAUAAGACAGAUUAAAGAGCGGUUUUGGAAAAGGAUGAAAGUUGAACCUUCUGUCAUUAAAAUCAAAUUCUGUGGUGAAUUACAAAUGGAUGACACGCGGUUGGUUGAUCUGGGUGCCAGACGAAAUCGAUCAAUUGAUCUUGAAGUAGAGUCCAGAGAUCCUGAGCACUUUCCUUUAAAAUCUUUCAAACGAGAGUCUUAUGUACCAGACAUUCUCACUAUCAACGUCGUUAACAAAAAAGGAGAGGGAAAAGAAGUAGCAGUGGAAGUACUACAACCAACCAGAACGAAACCAUUCCUCGGAGGUUUUCGACACAAAACCAAUCGGGUAGAGUAUUUCAAUGCCUCAAGCCAGACCAAACCUGUCCCACUACACUGGCCUAAAAGAACACUGUUCACUCGAGACACUCAAACAAAACAAUUGACCAACCAAAAGCUGCAAACCCCUCAAGAUACAUCAACACAGAUGACUAAAAUUGGCUGUUAUGUGUCUGUAGCAGAAAACAAACUUCACACUCCUGGGAAAUAUAUAACCUCAAAGGAAAAAGAAGACGUGAAGCUUGCAAAGGUGAUUAUACUGCAGACAUAUAUACGUCGGCACCUUGCCUGGAAGUAUGUAAUGAAAGUCAGAAAACAGAAAGAAGCAAGAUUACAGUUUGAAAAAGACGAAGCUCUGAAAAGACAACAGGAGAAGGAAGAUAGAAUUAAGGCUGAGUUCCUGCGUCGGCAAUGUCCUCGCAGCAGGAAAGAUUUCAAUACUUUAUAUGAUGCACUUGAAAAAUGGCGCCUGCAAGAAAUUGCCAAGAUCAACGAAACCUUAACUGGUGCCGAACGCAAAGCAGCUCUCUACAUGUUGUUGAAUCAAGAGAUGGAGCACCUGGCAGCCAUCGGGAGACACCAGGCCAUUGCUGAUGAAAUUGUUGCCGAGAAGAAUAUAGAAUCUUUCCUUAAUAAGACUGCUGCUCCACGAAGUAUUAUCUCUAGCUAUGACAACCAAAAGACACUCAUUGACACUCCAUACACAAUACGAGCCAGAGAGCUGCAGGAGAUCUAUAACAGCCUCAUCGUAAAUAAUUUCACUCUUGAUGAAAGACUCGAUAUUUUGCUGACGUUAAAAUAUACCAUAAGGGAACAUGACUAUUGCAAGAUGAGUUAUGAGCUUACAUGCCUGGUUGACCGUGAAGCUGACCUUCUGAUGAGAGGCGUGUCAAAUAACAAUUUGGCAGGCCUACGCAAAAGGAUUGCUACUCUCUUUCUACAGUACAUCAAGACACCAAUCUUUAACCCAGAAGCUGCAAGAUAUACAACGCUUCCGCCAUUGACAAAGAAACAGAAAGUAUAUUACUGUGCAAGUUGCAACAAAUUUUAUUCAUCAAACCAAUUCCCACUUAAUGUUAAUGCUCAAGUCCCUGGUCCAUGUAAAAUGUGUAAGAGUAAAGACAAUGAAGGGCGUCUUAGAAGGGACUUCAACAUCUACAGGUAUAUGCUGAAAUCUCUGCGGUCAAGGGAAGAACGUUACAAAGACAACUCGACUAUUGCUUUUCUUCUUCAGGAUUCAGAUAUUUGUUACCUUGUUGAAAAGAUCUGGAACAGUGAAAGUAUUAUCAGCAACUGUAAUGAUCUGUAUGAACUUAUCUGGGUACGAUGGAAUAAAGAUGAAGUAUGGACACCUUGGAACUGCUUGUUGGUAACAUUUGAAGAAGCUGAAAUGCAUAGCAAGUUGGAAGACUUGAAUAUCGCCUAUGGUGAAGUAUUUGUCAACAAGGUUCUUCAGAAACACCUUUCAGCUAAAUCUCACUUCUCUCGUCUUCCUUGGUUGGAGAGACAGAUCAACCAACCAAAAGAUCUGGGACUGUCAGUCUCCCAGAAAAGAGAUGGCAGAUACUUAUCAAAGAAUACUUCAUGUAACUUAUUCCCUUCAGGCUAAUGAAAGGAUAGUGGCAAAUAAAACUGUUUUGAAUGUGUGAA